ACCAUUCCUUCGUCAGUUGUUAAUCUUUCAAUCGAAGUCACAUCAGGACCCCUCCAAAAUGGGACUAUUCCAAUCUCUGUCAAAACACUAUCAAUCAUUGGACAAAAUAGUUUGACAACUGGAUUGAUACCAUCAUCAGUUGAUACACUAUAUAUUCAGACAACAAGUUUUGACAACUUUGAGACUGGUUCAAUUCCAGACUCAGUCUACACUCUAACAUUGAAUGGAAUAAUCACCAACUGCAAUCACUUAAAGAGUAUACUUCCAAAAUAUUUGACCAAACUUACUUUGGAUGGAGACAUCACUCAGCCAAUCAAACCAGGUACUUUGCCCAAUUCAAUCACUUUUUUAUCUAUGCCAUCAUUCAACGAUAUAUUGAUAGUCGGAGCAUUUCCAAAUGAUCUUACACAUCUUAAUAUGCACUCAUACAAUCUCCCACUCAGCUAUAAGGUGUUACCAAUGAGCCUAACAUACCUUCAUUUGGACAAUUUCAAUCAAACAUUCAAAUGGAACAAGCUCAAACUUGAACACCUGGUCCUCACUACAUACAAUGACUUCAUUCUUCCCAAUACACUACCAACAACUCUCAAGAUAUUGGAUGCUAAGCAUGCUUUACCCAAAGUAUAUAGUUUCCCUAGUGAUGGUAAUUUAGAGGAGAUCACAUGUUCAUGUCCAUAUUUGGAUCUAGCGAUGAAGUUAUUACUUCCAAAUAGUGUUACAAGUUUAAAAGUAUACAGCAGGAAUAAUAAUAAUAAUACAUUACCUUAUAUUCAUUAUUUGGUACAUCAUACUGUGACGAACGCACUAAAGAAAUAUGUUGAUAAUUCCAAGACCAACGAUUCAAUAACCAAUCUAGAGAUAUAUUACCAAAAUGAUCGAUUAAACAUUGGACAAAAUAUUCAUCAAUUUGCCAAUCUAGAAAGACUAAAGAUUGACUAUGCCAAUCUUAUUCAACUUAAUCUACCUUAUAGACAUUCAUUCAAUCAAACAAUACGUACAGUCUUGAUCACUUCAUCAUCAAAAAACAUAAGUUUGGAAGAUCUCCAACAACCAUCAUCACCAUACCUUAUUAAAUUGCUCAAAAUGUUCAGACCUGGUACAACAAUAUCAAUAGAAGUCAAUCAAAAGUACAAUAAUCAAUUAUUAUUUGUAUCCAGGAUAUUAGACCGAUCAACAAUACUCAUAAUAUCUCCAGUUUCCAACUUAGGAGGUUUCUUUAAA